AGUUCUCCUUCCUCAGUCGCCUUCAACAGUUCAAACUUACACAAACUGUGUGUUGAACGUGCAAGGAGAGAGACGCUAGUGGUAGUGAUUAGUCGCUCGUUCUAUACGAUUUUCUCCUCGUUCUAAGGAGCAUGAUAACUUACAUUGAAUAAAAGUGGUAAACGUGGCAGAAGAAGAAAAAUGACUAUAAGUGUAAUAAAUCUUUUAAAGUGUACAGCCAAAAAGGAAGAUGCCGAUGAAACGUCAACAGAUGAUGAUCAUCCUCCGCUAUGGUUCAGACAAAGUGUGGCUGCCCUCGGCCCAUUACUACUCAGUGUUGUUGUGGGAAUGACUCUUGGGUACUCAGCAGUGCUCCUUCCUCAGCUUCAAGAAUCCGUCAAUAACUUAGACGUGAUCAAGAUUAACACCGAAGAAGCAUCAUGGAUAGCUUCCCUGGCAGUGAUUCCAAUGGCCUUCGGCACCCUCAUCGGAGGCGUUUUGAUGGAAAAGUACGGCCGCAAGAACACCCACAUUAUCACUUGCUCCCCAUACUUUGCCGGCUGGCUCUUGAUGUAUUUUGCCGUCAAUCUCGAGAUGCUUUUAAUAGGACGAUUCGUAACUGGACUCUCCUCUGGAAUGAUUGCUCCUGCUACUGGCGUUUACAUCGGAGAGAUUACUGAACCCAAACUGCGAGGAGUGCUUUUAGGCGGGAUUCCUCUGAGUGUCUCUUUGGGCCUCCUGGUCAGUCAUCUUCUAGGGACGUUCCUUUCCUGGCAAACCACUGCUCUAAUAAUAGCUCUGCUUCCAUUAAUUAGCUGGAUUUUGAUGAUUUUUCCUCCAGAGUCCCCGACCUGGCUGGCGCAGCGAGGUCGAACAGAGCAGGCGCGGCGGGCGUUCUACUGGCUCAGAGGCUCUUCCGAUGCCUCGAAGAGCGAGAUUGAGCAAAUGCUGGCUAGGCAAAAGGAAAUUAAUGGCAGCGAUGGGAGCAGUUUUAUUGAUCACUUAAAGGAGCUGCUGGUGCCAGAGUUUUGGAAGCCCAUGGUUAUUUUGCUGGUCCUUUUCAUUACCAGCCAAUGGGCAGGGGUGAAUGCCGUGAAUUUCUACUCGGUUACUUUCAUGAAGGAAAUAUUUGGCGAUACUGUGAAUGAGUACCUGGCGACAUUCAUAAUCGACUGCACUCGAGUGAUUGCUUCGAUAGUAUCGUGCAUUCUUUUGAGGAAAAUUGGACGGAGGCAGUUGGGUAUAAUAGGGGGCGUAGGCACCUAUCUCCCACUCAUGACCCUUAGCGUAUUCACCUACAUCACUAAGCUCUACAACAUUGAAAACUCGAUCAGUCUUGCCGCAAUACCGAUAACUUGCCUUUUAGUGUACAUCUUCUUUGUUACUGCUGGUUUCGUUUCACUUCCCUGGAAUCUGCUCGGAGAGCUGCUUCCAAUGGCGAAGAAAAGCAUUGGAAGUGGAAUUGCUUCCUUUGUCGCCUACAUGUCGGUGUUCAGUGUGGUUAAAACGAUGCCUGCAUUAUUUGAACAUUACGGAGUCGAUGGAGCUUUUACGGUUUACGCCACCAUGACGUUGUUCGGUACAGCAUUUGCAGCCUGUUUUCUUCCGGAAACCAAAGGGAAGACUUUGCAUGAGAUUGAGAAGUAUUUUAGAAACGAGGAAACGGACAGUGAUAAUGGUAAAACGCUGGAUAUUCGACUGUAAUUUUUCACUUUUUCUGUUUAAGUCCUUUUAUUUAGUUGCCUGUGAUCUUUAAUUGAUGUAUUAUUAUUAUUUGUAUAUUUAUAUGUA